AUGUGUUUAUGUUUGUCUUUGGAUAAAAAGAAUCGUAAGCGAUGUAAUUCUACUUCCGGCAUAUCUUCGUCUAGAAAAAUACUACGUAUUGGAGGUGAUGCUACUAAUAACGAAGAAAUUAUCACAUCUUGGCUUUGUGAAUCAGAUGAAUCAUCGGCGGAUGAAAAUGAUUACAUUCAGUCGGACCGCGAUGAUUAUUCAGAAGAGGAGUAUUGUGAUGAUGGAGAGGCCGCUGGUGGAGCUUCGGACCCUGACUCUUCUGAAGAUGGUAUGCCUUUGUCACAUUUUUCCCGCCAUAUUGAUUCUGAAAAAAGGCAAACUGGCGUCCAGGUAAGCGAUUCUCAAGUAAAUACAGUUGCCGAGGGUAAUGUAUCGCAAUCUCGCAGAAAGUACUACUACGAAAAAAACGCUGCAUGA